UAUGCUUCUCCUGAAAUAUCCACGAAGAAGUAAUGUACCGUGUACCGUAGUUUGUUUUGUGCGUGUUAGGUACUUGUCAUCCUCUAGACUAAGAAACGGGAGUUAAAAUGGUUUCUAAUAGCCUGGAUUGUUCGAUAUGGGUCGGCUCCGAAACUGGAAUACUGAAAGGGAUAAGUUUAAAAAAGAAGCAAGCUUUCAACUUCUGUGAGAUGAGUUGUCUGAGUCGAGACCAGGAAGUUUGUGCUCUGGGAUGGGGAGAUCCACAGGAGUCAGAGGUACUAGUAGGCUGUGCCAAUGGUGUGGUGAAAACGUUCAGCACAGAAAAGGGCAUUUUCACAGAGACUAGGGAAUGUGGGGACCACACACAGGGCAAGUUCACUGGCCUGGCUGUUACUGACAGUGCUCUGGUCACCUGUGUGGAGUCAGGACUAUUAAAGGUCUGGAAGGAGGGUAGCACUGACACGGUUGAGAUGAAUGCGGGAGGUGGCGUGUGUCGAAUGCGACAGAACAAAUCACAGCGCAGUCGAGUGGCCACGGGAGGGAAGGAAAAUCCACUGAAAGUAUGGGACCUUGAGAGACCAGACAAGCCCAUUUUUAUAGCCAAAAACGUGGCACAAGAUUGGUUGGACUUGAGAGUACCAAUUUGGGUCAGAGACAUAGCCUUCAUCCCAGACUCAGACAAGAUCGUUACAUGCACAGGGCAUCACCAGGUGCGGGUGUAUGACCCAUCUUCCCCUCAGAGGCGGCCGGUCCUGGAGGCGAAGUUUGGGGAGUAUCCGCUGACUGCUCUCGCUCUGCCGGCCAGCGGGGGAUCAGUGGUGGUGGGGAACACACAGGGACAGCUGGCCAUCUUGGACCUGCGAAAAGGCCUGGUGCGUGGGUGUCUGAAGAAUUUGGCAGGGGGCGUUCGGGGGCUGGAGUGUCACCCAACACUCCCCCUAGUGGCCUCCUGUGGUCUGGACCGCUUCCUGAGAGUACACAACCUCGAGGACCACAAACUACAGCACAAGGUGUACUUGAAGUCAAGACUCAACUGUGUGCUGCUCUCCAGUAGUUGUUUGGAGCUUAGUGGAGAAGACCUGUCUGGGGACGUGGAGGAGGUCAAACAGGAGGGAGAUGCCGAAGAGGAUGAGGUGUGGGACGCCAUGGAAACGGUGACGGAUAAAACGAAAAAACGCGCUAAUGAAGAGCCAGAAGCAGUUGUCACAGAGGCAGAGUCGAAGAAGAAAAGAAAAAUGGCAAAGAAAUGACUGAAAAUGGACGGGAAAGACAGAACUAUACAUGAUGAAGAGAAACCAAACCAUGCAUAGAUUUUUCACGUAUUUUGAAACUGAUGGCUAGCAUCUCCAGAUUCUUUACUAUACCUAACCCUUCAUGUUAUUAAAUAUGAGUGGAAUGGAAUCUUUGUUGUGACUUGGUCAUUCAAGUGGUAUAACUCCACUCUGCUCUGCUUGUUUUCCUCUGUAGGAAUCAGGCAGGUAUCAUACUGUAGUCAUACUGAAAUGAUGAGCAGGAUUUAAAAGACUGCAAUUCUCUGCUGUCAUCUAUUUACAUGAACUGUACUAUGACAUAUGUACGUGUAAAUAUACUCUGUAUUACCUUUUAAAA